AUGUUGAGAAAGGCGCUGCUCUUGAUCGCACUCGGAUGCCUGGCUUUUAACUAUGUGCACUGCGAGGAUGCGGCUGACGGUGAAGUCCGUGACGAGGGAGCUCAGGCCGCCCCGGCGGAAGACGAGCACCUGGUUGGCCCCAGCUCUGAUGCCGCCAUCUCAUUCCUCUUCACCACCCCCGAUGGAGCUAACAUCAACCGCGAACUGAUCGGCGGCAAACUUGUCAAGUACCUCAUCGGCUUCCGGAACCGCGGCGAGCGCGAUUUCACCGUCAAGUUCUCCGAGACGUCGUUCCGUUACCACCAGGACUUCAACUACCACCUCCAGAACUUCACCCACGGCCAGUACAACCGCCGCGUUGCCCCGAAAGAGGAGGUCACCGUUGACUACGGCUUCUUUGUCUCCGACCAGUUCGCUGGAAGGCCAAUGGGACUCACCGUUAGGCUGCACUACGAGGAUGCUGAUGGCCGUUACUUCAUCUCGAACGUCUUCAAUGAGACCGUCUCUGUGAUUGAAGACGAAUCUGGUUUCUCUGGCGAGACCUACUUCCUCUACCUUGUCUUCGCCGGCCUCGCCGUCGCCGCCUAUUUCGUUGGACAGCACUACUUUGGAAAGCUGAGCCGCAAGGCCGGUAUCACCAAGAAGCGUUCGGCUCCCGUCGAGACUGGCACUUCUUCCCGUUCUGAGGUCGACUACGAAUGGAUCCCCAGGGACGUCAUCAAGGCCGCCGAAAAGAAGUCUCCCAAGCCCGGCUCACCCCAGCAGCGCAAGGCCCAGAAGGCCGGGCCGAUAGAUAACACCAUUACCACCCGCAAGGGCCUCAUAAUCAACGACGAUUUCUGCUUUAUGUUGGGGAUCCUGUUCGGACGUCGCCCUCACUUUCCGUCCAGCAGCUACGAUGAAGGACAUAACAUCUCUGAACUGUCCCCCGGGCAGCGUAUCACGUGCCUCAUCGGUUUCCAGAAUCGAGGAAAUAUGGAACUCCGUCGAAACGUCAGCAAAAUGGAGUACAAUGUUCGGGUGCCGCCGAAGGAUGAGGUCACCGUUGGAGUA